AUGCCUAAAGGACAAAAGCGCCGAAAACUUGAUCUCCCUGAUGUUAAAGGGUGGGUUCCCUAUCAGCCUUUCUCAAAAAAUAAGGAAGAGAUUUUCAAGGAGCUUGACGCAAAAUCUGAGCGAGUUGAUGUACCUGAUGGAUGGAAGGAACCUAAAUUCAACCCAGAAGAUAAUCCACAUAGACGCUUGUAUUCACAGUCAUCUUUUUCGACACUUUUUCCUCAGUAUCGAGAAAAAUACCUUCGCGAAGUGUGGCCUGCAGUCGUGAAAAUUUUACGUGAACACCAUAUUAAGGCUGAACUGGACCUUGGAGAAGCCACAAUGGCUGUUCAUACAACCACGAAAACUUUCGACCCCUUCAUCAUCUUCAAAGCGCGAGAUAUGAUUCGUUUGUUAGCCCGCUCUGUUCCUCUCGAUAUUGCCGCUCGAGUCUUGGAGGACGACGUUUUUGCAGAUAUCAUAGAAAUCAAGCUCAAAAACCGUGAACGAUUUGUGAAGCGACGGAAUCGACUGAUUGGGGACGAAGGUAACACGCUCAAAGCCAUUGAACUCUCCACGAACUGUUAUGUGAUGGUUCAAGGCAAAACGGUUGCUGCCAUCGGACCUUAUGAUGGACUUAAAAAGGUGCGCCAGGUUGUAAACGGCUGCAUAUAUGACAAUAUCCACCCGGCCUACUACAUAAAGCGAUUUGUAAUUAUCCAAAAAUUGAUGUCAGAUCCGAAUAAAAAGAAUCUUUCUUGGGAAAAAUUCCUCCCACAUAUUAAGAAGAAGACACUCAGCAGGCGUCGGAAACCUCAAAAUGUCAGGAAGAAGGGCGAGUACACGCCCUUUCCCCCGCCGCAGCAGCCUUCGAAGGUUGACAUCGAGCUGGAGAAGGGCACGUACUUUUUGGCGCGCGCAGAACAACGCCAACUCAAGAGGCAGUCCAAGGUGGCCACCUCUGAAGCGGUCUCCAAAAAGCGCCAGCAGGAGAAACGAGCGGCUGCCUAUGUACCGCCUGAGGAGAAUUGA